AUGUCUUCUUUCUUUGUUUUCGGAGAGGUGAACAGCAGUCAACCUCAGAAUGAUAUGCAGACUGGCCACUGUCUCGCAGGCUAUAUCACAGCCUGCAAAGCCCGCCUUCGGAACGGACCCAUCUUGGUUGUCGAAGAUCGUAUCGAGGCUGUUUGCUCGGGACAAUACAAUCGCACCUUUCCCUCCAACCUUGACAUUGUGAAUACCACGGGCGACAUCAUUACCCCCGGAUUCAUCGACACUCACCGUCACAGCUGGCAAACAGCCUACAAGACCAUUGCCUCCAAUAUGGCCGAGUAUUUUGAUCGGUACGGAGAGUUUGCGGUAAAUGGGGAGUACUCGCCCGAAGAUACCAUGCGCACAACACCUGAGACCACCGACACGGGUCUGGCUGCCAGCAUUAACAGUGGUGCUCGGAUGUUCUGGUGCUACACCUUCCACAAUGUGAUGAAUUACACUUUUCCCGAGAAGAUGGACAAGUUCGAGGAAAUCGCCGAUAGCGGCCGCUUCAACGGCACGGCCACCAGCCUCGGGAUCGCCUACGAUGAGUUCAACCCUGGUAGUCCAGCCCAGAUUCAAAAGGUCGUUGAGCUGGCCAGCUUGCUAAUCGGGUCCGCGUAUGGCCAAACCAGCAAUUCGCCGGAGGACAUGAAAGCUCCAGGGAUCCUAAGCACCGCCAUUCCUGUGGUCUUCUCCCACGCAAGCCGCCGUGGGGUUGACAUGCGCUUCACCUACUCGAUCGACAUCCUGGCGCAGGCACGGCUCUGGCUCCAGAGCGCCUGCCUCGCCUUCUACCGCUGGGUGCUGCAGAACUGGAAGAUCCCGGUCAACAACCCCAUGUCCGUCGACCAGGCAAUCCCACUGGCCACGCGUAAGGGCGGUCUUGCCCUGCACCGACCCGACCUCGGCAUCAUCGCCGUGGGAACCAAUGCCGACGUGGUCGCCAGGGAUGGUAGCACCCCCGGUAUGCUCGGCUGGGACGACCCUGUUGCGGCCAUCAUCCUGCAUGCCAACGUGGGCGACAUCAAGCAUGUGCUCGUCGACGGUAAAUUCCAGAAACGCGACGGAUGA